AUGCCAAAAGAAAAAUUUAAAGUUCCCGCAGCAACAAGUGCAAUUAUUACUAAUGAUGGAAUAGGAAUAAAUCCUGCACAGACUGCUGGAAAUGUUUUUCUAAAGCAUGGUUCAGAACUACGAAUUAUACCUAGAGAUCGUGUUGGAAGUUGUUAAAAUCUGCCACUUGGAAUGUUGUUCCUUUUCAGAAUAAAUAUUGGUAUCGUUGCUGUUGUUAUAAAAUUGAAAUCAGGCAUUUAAAAAUCCUGUGAAAACACCAAUUGUUGAUGGAGUUACAAAUGAUGACUGUCCCUUCUUGUUCACACUCUCCAUGAGAAGAGGGAAUGUGUAUGCAUUGAGGAUACCAUUUCCACAGAAGAUCAUAAGUUUUCACUGCUACCUCACAACACAGGUAGUUCAUUUGGAUAAUAAAUGGAUUAUCUAGCUGUGUCUUAAUAGCUAAAGGAUGCUUUGAUGAUUCUUUGAGAAAAUACUUGGAAAAUUAAAAUUGGCUGAAUCUUCCAAUUUGUCUUUGAGUUAAAAAUUGUAAAGGGUUAUGGAUCACACAGGUCAGUUUGCUUGAUAACAUCUGACUUGCAGACUUAAGUAGUUAAAUUUUUAGCUACAUUUCAUUCAUGAUAAAGGAUGCAGACAUCAGUGGAUACUUACCCAAACUUUUUAUCAUUUAGGACUUCUAAGUUUCAGGUUCUAUGUAUUCAUACAAAUUUAAUAUCAAAAAGUUCUAUCUAGCUCUUAUGUAUAAAAUUGAUAUCCUACACUAAAGCAUUUUAACCAUAAUUUUGCAGAAUUCAAUUCUUGUAAUGGUGGGAAGUGAAAAACUAGAAACAUUCUUUUCUGAGCGAUGAAUUAUCAGUCUUUAAAUGGGAAUCCUCAAGAAACCGUUGUCUUUUGGGAGUACUUCUUAACAGCAUUCAGAAAGUAUUGUUGUAAGGAAGAUCUGAUGCUCACAACAAAGCUUAAGAAAGUACUAAUUAAUAUUACUAAAGAUUCAGCCUCUCGUGUUACUAGUCAUAGGAUUGACUAACAAACCAGGAAGGGGAAGAUGGGAAAGUCCCACAUGACCAAGAUUCCAGUAGGGAGGAAAGAAAGAAAAGAUCGUAGAACACUUGUAGCAGAGUGUCACAGUGUGAGCCAGCCCCAUACACAAAACUGCAGAGUGUGUGUUAGGGAAAACCAAAUACUUGACAUUGUCUUAAGGAGCAGAAAGCAAUUGGGGAAAGGAAAGUACAGACCUUGUCAACAUUCCCCUUCUGAGAAUAUAAAGAAUAACAUAUGAAAGUAGAUUUCAUUUUCCCUUAUCAACAUCUAUACAGACCUUGAAAAGUGAAGUGAAUGCUUGUAAUGAAUUAGUACCAACGCUUGCUUGCUUGCUUGCUUCCUGUGUUAGUUGUGAGCAGGCAGAAGUCUUACUCUUACUAGUCCUGGAAAUAUAGUAGGCUUUCAAUACUCCAAUAUUCGCAAAUAAAGUAUUAUAUGGCCAACAUCUACCUAAGUGUGUUUCAGUAUCUUCCCUAUCAUUGGCCCUGGGUUUGUUAGAGACCAAAAAAAAAAAAAAAAAACAAUUGAUAAGGAAAUAUAGUAGAGUGAACAUCUGAAGGGUGAUCCUUGAAGUUAAGUUUAAGAAAUUCAUCAUUCAUCAUAUAUUUAAACUUUACAAAUGAACAGCAGGAUUCUCAGUUGCAAAGGAAAAAAUGUCUUGGCUGAGGCAGAGACUAUACUGCUGAUGCUUAGUUUCUGUUUUUAUAAACAAAAAUUGAUGCUCAACAAUAUUAAGCCUCAUCUGCUCAAAAAAUUUUAUGUCCUGUUCCUUAAAGUCAUUUUUGUUCUUUGGUUUGAAAAUUUUAUUAUAGUAACUUCAUUUUCUUAAAGAACUAGAUAUUUUGUUAUUAAAUAAAUGUGAUCUGUAGGUUCUUUUUGUAGACUGUUUUGAAGUGUUGUAUUUAAGUGCGCUAUUGGCACAUAAUUAACAUCUGAAAAUACAUUUUAUUAUGCAAUAAAUGCUUUUGUCUAUUCUUUA